CGGCCCGGAGUCUUCAUGCGGACUCCGGGCGCGCCCCGUCCCACGGGACGCCCCCUGGGGCAGCGGCGGGCGGUGCCGGACUGUCCCGCGGCGCGGAGGGCGCGGGGGCCGGCGCGCGGCCCAGCUGCAGUGGCUCCUCCGGGACGGCAGGCGGCGCUGGAGCAGCCCGGCAGCGGCGGCGGCGGCGGGAGGCGCGUCUCGGCCCGUCCCGCCGUCCGCGCUAUGGCGCCCGCCGUGCCCCGGCUGCUCGGCGCGGGUGUCUGGUCCCGGCCGCUGCGGCCGCGCCUGCUGCCGAGCGCGACCCCGGGGCGACCCCGGCCGGGCGGCAGGACCCUGGCGAGCGCCGCGACCUCCGCCGUCAGCGCGCCCGAGGGCAGCACCGAUGUGAGCGACAGGAUCCUCAGUGAGCCCCUCAAGCACUCUGACUUCUUCAACCUCAAGGAGUUGUUUUCCGUGAGAAGUCUCUUCGACGCCCGCGUGCACCUGGGCCACAAAGCAGGCUGUCGGCACAGGUUUAUGGAGCCCUACGUCUUUGGGAGCCGCCUGGGCCAGGACAUCAUCGACCUGGAACAGACGGCCGUGCACCUGCAGCUGGCCUUGAACUUCACGGCCCACGUGGCCUAUCGCAAGGGCAUCAUCUUGUUCGUGGGCCGCAACCGGCAGUUCUCGCACCUGAUUGAGACCACGGCCCGGGACUGCGGCGAGUACGCGCACACGCGCUACUUCAAGGGCGGCCUGCUGACCAACGCCCCGCUGCUCUUGGGCCCCGGGGUCCGCCUCCCGGACCUCAUCAUCUUCCUGCACACGCUCAACAACGUCUUUGAGCCGCACGUCGCUGUGAGAGACGCGGCCAAGAUGCACAUCCCCACGGUGGGCAUCGUGGACACCAACUGUAACCCCUGCCUCAUCACCUACCCCGUCCCCGGCAAUGAUGACUCGCCCCCGGCCGUCCAGCUCUUCUGCAGGCUCUUCCAGACCACGAUCCACCGGGCCAAGGAGAAGCGGAGGCAGAUGGAGGCCCUGUAUCGUCUGCAGGGCCCAGUGGAGCAGGGGGCCGGGGGCCAGGGGCCGGCUGCUCCUCCUUCCCUGGGAGCCUAGGCCGGGCUGGACCUGGGUCCCUCCACACCCGCCUGCCUCACCCGAGGGAGAGCGGCAGCCCAGCCUGCCGCUACACUGGGAGCCCCUUCCCUGGCGCUGGUCUCUAGCAGGUUCCCUAUGGCUCAGGGCAUCGCUUGGGUCCCUGCUGUUGGGAAACAUUCCGGCAGCUGCCCCCCACCCCCACCUCAGGGCCCCGCUGCAGACCUGCGGGGCCCGGCGGAGACACAGAGAGCAGGCAGCUGGUCCCGAGAGGACCCGUCAGGAAACGUGCUUGUCCUGGAGUCUGAAAAGCCUCGCUCACUCACACUUGAAUUCGGUCCUCUUCGCUUUCCGUUCCCCGCCAGUGAAUGCCAGGGCCAGGCUGCUUUGUCAUGUGAGGCCUCAGGGCAAGAUCCCCAGAGAACCCCCUCUGGGCUGGGACAGGCCAGGCCCAGCGGGACACAGAGUCACAGAAAUAAAGCUGAUGUUUGGACAAA